AUGUCUAACAAAUACCAACCGCAAAACUACAUGGCGUAUCGGCGAAAGUCGUCGGUGCUCAGCAAUUCGCAAGAUCACCUUUGGGGCAUUCGUGCGAUUCUGGCAGUGCAGAGCUUCGCCUGGCUGUUCUUCAAGGUGUUUGACCCAGCGCUCACCGUGCCGGGCCCGACGACGACUGGAGAACACGUACCGAACUCAGCACCUUCGACGGUGCCCGGAGUGUUUGGUGGACCUGGUAUCACCGCUCCUGGAGCAGGCUCUGGAAUUGUCGCUCGCGACUUGUAUUCUGGUGACCUGUACACUCGCGACCUGUACCGUCGCAACCUCAGCGAUAUCCCUAGUUUCACCGAGCACUCCCCCCACUACCAAGUUCUCCUCCGCAAGAUUCUCUCCCCCUUCCUUUGGGAAGAGUCCUUCAUCUUCUGCUUCUUCAUCCUCUUGUCGGCUCGUACAGUCUGCAUUCCUUUCUUACGCGAUGUGACUUCAAACACCUACGCCCGCUCUUUGAUCGCCCGCCCGAUUCGCAUGUUCAUUCCUCUAGCCAUCGGGCUCGCAAUCUCUCUCGCAAUCUUCGGUUCAAUCAACACUCAGUAUCUUGAAGAAUUUGCAUAUAUCAAUGGCAACCCAUUCUUGAGAGCGCCAGAGAAGCCCGCUUCUGCGUUGGCUUGCUUCAACAGUAUCUGGGAUCUGCUGUGGGUGACCAAGGAUUACUCUCUGCAGAUGGGCAAUUUGGCUUUCCCAUCUUGGACUCUGUGGGUACCUUCUGCCAUCUAUUUGCAGAGCUACACUGUCUACAUCUUCAUGGUCAUCUUGCCCUUCAGCAGACCCAGCUGGCACAUAACUGGCUUGCUCAUGUUUGCGUUCGGCUCCUGGUGGUUCAACAGCUGGGGUUGGUACUCAGCCACUGGCCUCUUCCUUGCCGAUGUCGCCAUCAACCCACCUCUCCGCACAGCACUUUUCCGCGGCUGGAGCAAUGAGAGCGGAAGCGUGAGAAUGCCUUACUGGGCUUUGGCUUACGUCUUCCUUGCUGUCGGAACUGGCCUCAAGUACAUGUGGAUUGCAGGUCUGCCCGACUUGUUCUGGAGCGGUGAGGCUCACGCCCAUCCUUCUCGCUACCUCGGUGGCAGCAGUUUCGGCUAUGCAGAUGGCACUCAGCCUUACCCCCGCAUGGAUGACUGGCUCGUUAUCGUCGGCAUCUUGCUGCUCAUUGAGUUCAGCGAGACGACCAAGCGCAUUCUGUCCAACAAGGCACUCAAAGCAAUCGGCAGACGUUCAUUGAGCUACUAUCUCGUCUCGACCAUCCUCAUGUACACCGCCGGCAUCAAGAUCUACCUCUAUUGCAACACCUCUGCCGGCCUCACCUCCGCCUCUGCCAAGGCCGCUGCUUUCUUCGUCGUGUUGCCUUGUUCCAUCAUUGGCGGAGAAAUCUUCCACUGGGCUAUUGACAAGCAGGCCGUCUGGGCCAGUCACGCCUUCUUCGACUGGACAAGAAAGUAG